AGAUGGUGGAAUUCGUUUUCUCGUCGAUUACCGCAAAUUGAAUUGUGUAACCAAGAAAGACUCUUUUCCACAGCCAACAACCGAAGAACUAUUGCAGCGUUUGGGUGGAAAUUGUUAUUAUACGAAGUUUGAUUUGAAAUCUGGUUAUUUUCAAGUAAAAAUUCAAGAAACGGAUAAAGAAAAAACAGCAUUCGUCACACAAGAUGGAUUAUGGGAAUUUAAUGUAAGGAGUUAUGAAUGGCCCUCCCACAUUCCAACGUGUAAUGCAUAA